AUACGAUUUUAUUUAGGUAACUUACCUAUUUAACCUACCACGUUUGAUGUAAAACUAACGCAAUAACAGUGUGAAACACAAUUCAUAAUGUACUAUACAUAUAUACUUUAUUGGUUACUACUUUUGAUCACAAUAACGGCUACUUUCGACAAAAAAUAUCAGUUUAAACUGUUUAAAGAUUCUUAUAGUAAAAACAUUCAUGACAUCAAUGAACAUGGAACCGAACGACUUUGUGAUGGACGUACUAUCGAGUCAAACAGUCAUCAAAUUAAAAAUUAUCCAAAACCAGAAAUACCGUUGGACAUUAUAAUGAAAUUAAACCAGGUUAAAAGUGUUUCAGAACUAUUUUGGAAGUUUAUGCCACAUGUAGAUAUUCAUGAAGUAUUAAUAUAUGAAACUAAUGAUGGUCAAAAUUCGACAAUUAUUCCAAAAGCGGCCACUUGCAACAUAGAAAAUCAAACAGUUAGCCUAAGAGAUGAUGAUAAUCCAAGUUUAUACUAUUCACCACCAUGUACACGAGUGAAGCGAUGUGGUGGUUGUUGUGGUAGCAGUUUGGUUUCUUGUCAACCAACCGAAGUAGAGAUGCUUAAUUUUGAAGUCACUGUUCUACAAUAUAAUGAAACGUUCACUUUCAAAGAAAAAAGAAUUAUUACUGUAGAACAACAUGUGAAAUGUAAAUGUGAUUGUAUCGUAAAAGAGAAAGACUGCAAGCCCUCCCAAAUGUAUAGUACCAGAGAAUGUCGAUGUGUUUGCAAUAAUUCAGAAGAAGAACAAAAGUGUGAUGAACAAGAAAAAAAAAUAUGGGAUUCAGACACUUGUUCAUGCCAAUGUAUUGAAGAGCAAGAAUGUACAACAGGAUAUAAAUUUGAUUAUGAUACAUGCUGCUGUGAAUUAGCAUAGACGAUGACACUGCUGUUAUUAAUUGUUCUUGCAAUCCAUAUAAAUACCACUUAGCCAAUAAUUAUGAAUUAAGUGAAGACUACAAACUUAACUCGUAAAAGUUAUUUUAAUUAAUAUACAAGUAUAAAUUAUUAUUACGCCUAUAUUAUAUUAUACUUAAUCAAUAAUUCUGUAAAAUUAAUGUAUCAACUAUAUUGAUAAUAUAACUAAAUAAUAAGUAGUUUCAAUAAAACAGACAUCAAGCUAUUUUAAACUGUGAAA